UGGGUUCGUUGAGGUACUCCCGUGACCUCCCUAAUUAGUCUAAGUGCGUGUUUUCGGAUUGUCCGUUCGGAUUCGCGGACCGCUCCGAAGGAGCAUAUUUGUUGAGUAUCUGAUUGUAUAUGUGAGUGUGUUCCAGCGAUCGGUCCAGGCCGUUGGGAGUUGCGGGAUCUCGCCACCGGCGGUGACACAUUUUGAGAUCUAAUCGAUAUGCUGGUUAUCAGACGCACCAGUUGUGUUUUUUGCGGGGCUCGGUUAGGUCCAGCCGUUUAUUGUCCAUGUGCUUCGGAGAGAAGGACGAGGUGGCUCUUGAAGGUUCUUGAGCAGCUCGCCUCCUUUUCGCGAUUUUCUUGCUGUAAUUGCACGGGCUGCGAAUAUGAAACAGACAUCGUCUUCCUUUUCUUUUUCACCCAUAUACGCACGAAUCUUGUCUUGUUGCUGUCGCUGCCGUUAUUUGCUGCGGUGAGGCAGUUCUAUGCUUUGGGGUGGAAUAGCGUGGCACAUGGGUUUGUAACGAGGGGUUUACCCGGUCACUGUAGUGAAUUGGCAGGCAUUGUUGGUGAGAAGUGUUGAGCUGCUGCAAGAUAUGAUUCAGUAUCCAAAG